AUGGCUACCUGUUGUGAUCAAGCCGAGGAGGAUCAUAAGGUUUUACCAAACUCAAAAACUAUCCUCAAUUCAUCGCGAUUUUCCCUAAUUUCGCCAGUGGUAUCAGCUCUUCUUCACAGCUCGUGCUGUUGGCUUCCUACCUUGCUUGAUUUUUUUUCCUUCGGGUCCGCUUCAGCUUCCCAGUUCCAAACUCUCCGACCUUUUUUCUUCUGGGCAACGCUUCUUAUUCUUGCGGAAAGCGUCCGUAGGAACGGUUUAGAUCGCCGGGCCUUCUUCCGUAUCACUAUAUCAGGCUUCUUUCUUGCGUUGCCGCAGCUGUCACAGUUCACCAAACGAGCUGCGAACCAAGGGGCGAACCAAGGGGGCGAACCAUCGGAGCUGCCACUGAUCGGAGGAGCAACUUAUGAUUGA